AAAGAGAAGGAAGAAAGGAAGACGUCGUAACAGAAAUCUACUGAGAGAUUCGAUUAUCUAUUUCCAUAUCAGUUGAAAAUAACAUCCGACUCACCUCUGUUGUCAGUGAGCUCGUUAUCAGACGAAACAACGACCAUGAGCUUCAAGGGCCCCUGCCCGGCCGUGGCUCCCGCUCUGCUGGCGCUGCUGUGGCUGUCGGCGGUGCCUGCUUCUGCUUCUGCCGCCGCUGAUUCUGCCCCCAACAUCGUCUUCAUUCUGGCAGAUGAUCUCGGCUGGAACGACGUGUCCUGGCACAACGACCAGGUGGUUUCGCCCAACAUGCAGCAGCUCGUGGACACGGGCGUCCAGCUGGAGCAGAGUUACGUGCAGCCUCUGUGCACGCCGUCCCGCUCCGCCUUCCUGACGGGGCUCUACCCCUUCCGGCUCGGGCGCCAGGGGCGACCUUUAGGCAGCCAUACACCCACUGGUCUCGCGGUCCACCACACGCUGCUGCCGGAGCGCCUCUCGCGCCUCGGCUACUCCACGCACAUGAUCGGGAAGUGGCACCUCGGCUUCUGCGACUGGGCCUACACGCCGCUCGAACGGGGCUUCGACACCUUCUAUGGCUACUAUGGAGGCUUCGAAUUCCACUUCAGUCACACUGUCUCCAACGGCUAUGACUUCCGCGACCAGAGAGAACCGGACUUCACGGCGAACGGGACAUAUGCCACACACCUGUUCGGAGACCGCGCCGUCAGGAUCAUCGAGGAACACCAAGGCAGCGACCAGCCCUUCUUCCUCUACUUGGCUCUCCAGAACGUCCACAAGCCUCUUGAGGUUCCCGACGAGUACCUGGCGCACUACCCGGAGGACCUCGACGAAGACCGGCGACUGCUGCUGGGGAUGGUGACGGCGCUGGACGAGGCGGUGGGGCGGGUUGUGCAGGCUCUCAAGGACACGGGGCUCUACGACAACACGGUCAUCGUCUUCUCGUCGGAUAACGGCGGCGUCGGCAUGAAUGGGGAGAGCAACCGGCCUUUGCGAGGCAACAAGAGCUCAGUGUGGGAGGGCGGCACCCGCGCCGUAGGAUUCGUCCACAGUCCCCUCCUGCAAGAGACUCCACGAGUGCACUCUGGCCUCCUGCACAUCACCGACUGGUACAACACCCUCCUGGCUCUCGCAGGGGAGUCCUUCCUGCCUGACAACGACGGCUUCAACCAGUGGGACUCCCUGGUGGAUCCUUCUGUCGAGUCACCCCGAAUCAUGUUCUUCUACAACCUCGAUUAUGACCCUGAAAAAGGAAUGCUCGGCGCCCUUAGACUGAACGAUUAUAAGUUUGUCGUGGGCGAAGAGAGGGAUUUAGAUCCCGGAGAAGAACCUGGACUCUGGCUGUUCAACCUGACAGUGGAUCCGAACGAAAUCAUAAACAUGGUCGAGGUGCAGCCUGCCUUGGCCAUGGCCAUGGAGAUGCUCAUGCUGGAGGAGCUUCCCAACGUGGUUCCCCGAGACGAGCCAGACAACGACCCGGCGGGCGACCCCUCCAACUGGGGCGGCGUCUGGAGUCCAGGCUGGUGCGACGUCCCCUGAAGGAGGCGGGGCGUGGCAGCUGUAUGGGCGUAGGAGGAAGGCGAACACAGCCUAUACUUACUAUUGGUGAACUAAGAAUUUGGAUUUUGAUGGAGUGUUCGCAGACGAAAUUUAAAUAAAUAGUUGAUAUCCUGA